AUGCCACAGCCAAGCUAUCAUGAAUUACAGUCAACUUCAAAUGAUGACAAAACUUCUGACCCAGAAGACCCAGAAGAUGGCAAAUAUGGCACCUUCAUUAUUCGGGGAAAUCAACCCCAAGCCCCCAAAAUAGGUCAACUUGAUAAGCUUGGCGAGUUCGUCUAUCUGGGACUGACCCGCAUCCAAGUAAUACUUCUUUCAACUCGUCUGGCAAGAAGCUUCAGGCGCGAGCACUCAUCCUCCUCGCCAUCAUGGUCAGGCCACAAGUUUGGUCCCCUCUCGGUCCAGGGCCUAUUCAACUCCCACUACAUCGAGCCAAUGUUCCUGUGGUGGGGUAUGAACACGCGGAUCCUCCUCGGUCCAUCGGUCGGCCGCGUUCCUGUGCGGGACUCGUUUGACACGGACAUGACGAGCUGCAUCAAUGGCGCCUCUCACAACUACGCAGGUUCAUAUCUCGCAACUGAGAGAUCCGAGGCAAUCCAUCGUCUCUGUCUGGACAAGCUCCCCGUCACGGUGGACUCGGGACCCCUUUACGAGGCGGCGCGUGAAGAACUCGCCAGGUUCUGCUCGGCUGACUUUUGCAUCCCGACCACCACGGGCUACGGGUCAAACUACCUCGCCAUGCCGCGGGUCCUGGCUCUGCUCCGUCAACGGGGUGACACUGUCGCCGUGUUUUGCGACGAGCACUGCCAUAAUUCCAUCUUUACCGGUGUUUUCCUCGGUAUGGGCCAGUUGGGCAGCGUUAGCCUACAUCGGUUCCCACACAACGAUGCCGGGCAACUAGAAACGCUGCUCCGCGACUCCACCGCCACUGUCAAGAUGGUUGUAGUCGAGGGCCUCUACAGCAUGGAGGGCGACGUGCCACCCCUCCGUGAGCUCGCGAAGCUCAAGGAGACACACGGCUUUGUCCUCUACUGCGAUGAGGCACACUCUUUCCUGUCCCUUGGAAAGAUGGGCCGGGGCUGCUUUGAACACGCCAAAGACCGGGGGCUUAUGUCUACCCCUGACCCUGUCGAUCUCCGCACCUGGACGCUAUCCAAAGCCGUCGGAGGUAUUGGAGGAUGCAUAGCCGGCAAGGCGGAGUUUGCAUCGUGCUUCAUCGAUGCGCCGUCGCAGCCCGUCUCAGCCGCCACGCUCGUCCAGGCCCUCUGGCUCAUCCGACAGCCCGGCCUGGUCCGCCGGAACUUGGCUCGUCUUUCGGCGACGGCCCACUAUUGCCGCCGUGAGCUUACCCGCAGAGGUGUAUUCGUCUAUGGUGGUGCUAAUGACGCCACCCCUGUCAUGCCCGUGUGGACGGGAAGAUCUAGCACGGCGGCACGCUUCUCUUAUGAGCUGCGUCGCCGCGGCGUGUUGGCCAGCCCUGUGACUACCCCCGCUGUUCCUUUCUGGGAGAGCCGCGUGCGAGUCAACCUGUCUGCCGACUUUGACGCCAACGACGCGGACAGGCUCGUCUGUGCAAUUGUGGACGCCGCAAGGGUGACGAAAGUCAUUUCACCGGCUGCCAGACGCAAAACUACUACAAUGACCCCAGCAAUAUUCCCAUUGGCCCGAGAUAGGAAGGAGAAUAUGAACAUUGAAGACGACGACGACGACGAGCAGCGUGCCGCCUCUGCCUCCAUCGAGACUCUCAUCCACCACCAGGCGCAGCUGCAGCCGCAGACGAGAGCGGAACCCCUGACGACGGCCGGACACGCCGCCCGCGAGCGCUACGGAGUGGCCUCGGGCGGCUCGCGCUGGAUCUCGGGCACGUUCCCGCCGCACGUGUCCGUCGAGGGCCUGAUCGCCGCGGCUGCCGGCGCCGAGGCCGCAAUGUCCUUUCAAGACGUGAGCGUGCUGCUCGCGUCCACCGUCGCUGCGCUGGCGCGCCCGCUCCUCGGCGCAAAGCGGCACGUCAUGCUAUUUCCCGCAAAACCGGACAGCUGCCGCGUCGAGGAUGGGUUGUUACUCAUCCCGCCUGGCGCAAUGAGCAGGGACCGGCUGCGCGUGGUGCGGUACGCCGGCGUUGGGGAUUUGGCACGCUGCGCUGUGGAGGCUGGCGCUGCGAAGAAGAAUACCUGCGUCACUGUGUAUCUUGAGCUGACGGACUCGACGCCGGUGGAGGUUGUCCGAGCGACGGUCGAUCGGGUGAUUCAGCAAGUCGGCGACAGGACGCCCGUCACUGUUCUGCUGCGCGAUGCCCGGACGGCAAAGUCGCGGCCUGAAAUUGUCCACCUCGGCCAGGUGGUUCCGCGGCGUGGGCGCGUGCACGCCUUGCUGUUUGGCACGUGUGUCGCUGACGACGUCGAGAUUGGAUACCUCGCCGGUCCGGAGAAUCUAGUCAGGGAGCUUCGUUACACGAGUCGCGGUUACAUGUACACCACUUCCAUGCCGCCGUUUGUGGUUGAUAUGAUGGUUGUGGCGUUGGAGAGCAGGUUGGGUAAUUGUGUGUAG